CUAGAUCAGAUUAACCAACCAAGAAAAGCAGAUUCAAGAAAUCUACUCCUAGGCCAAGAUAACGAGCUUAAGCUGCAACUAGACGCAAUUGGAGAAGCUAUUACGCUAGUAAUCCAACAAGCUGCAGAUAAAGCUAUUCCACAACUAAAACAAGGGCCAAAAGCAAAGCCCUGGUGGAGCCAGGAGUUAACUAAGCUAAGAAAAAACGUAUCGCAUUGCCAAAGGAUAUUCGUACAACAGCUACAA